AGAAUUCUCCAAAUGCACGGACAUUGCCACGUGGGCUUAUUAUGCUUUACUUACGCUCCACACACAAUUCAGACAAACGAAGAGGAUCGCUUGUCGCUGAAGAAGAUGAUGAUCGGAGGAACCCUAACCUCUUCUUCUUCUUCUUCGUCCUCCACCGCCAAGAUCAUUCUCGAAGCUUUCCCCGCAGAGAUGUUCCGUCGCGGUGGAGCUAGCGCUGAGAUUUUCCCAAGGAAAACGUCUCACCUCAAGCUUUUGCGAGUAGAUUCUGUUCACGGCAGGAUCCUUAAGCCGAGUCCGCUUCGUUCAUCCUCGAUUAAGGCAAAUAUAGAAGAAGAAGAUGCAGAAACUGAAGCAUCCCCUGGAAGAACGGUUCGUGUAAGGUUCCAGCUGCGGAAAGAGUGUGUCUUUGGGGAACAUUUCUUCAUCCUUGGUGACCAUCCCGUCUUUGGCGGUGGUCUUUGGGAUCCUGAAAAUGCCUUACCUCUGAACUGGUCUGAUGGCCAUGUUUGGACACUAGAUCUGGAGCUGCCUGUUGGAAGAUUGGUUGAAUUCAAGUUCAUACUCAAGGCACAGACAGGGGAGAUCUUGUGGCAACCAGGUCCAAACCGUGCUAUUGAAACCUGGGAGACUAGCAAGACUAUAAGAAUAUGUGAGGACUGGGAAAAUGCUGAUCUCCAAAUGAUGAGGGAGGAAGAUUUUGUGCCAUUCGAUCAAGAGGAGGAGCAGCAGUCUUCUUUUAUCUUGGAUAUGCCCUUAGUUGCUGAAAAUGUCAAUCAAAGCGUGACGCUUCUGACCGAUGCUUCAUCAAAUGGUGCAGAAGAGGAGGUUGAAGUGCUUGAUGCUGUACAACAAAUCUCUUCGGUAGUAAUUGUAGAGAAUGAAGGAUACGUAAGUGAUGAUGAACCGGAGGAAAACUCGAGUGGAGCUCUGUCUGCUUGUCAGGAUGGAAAUGUGAUCGAAGAAGCCAUGUUUAGUGAGGAAGAAAGUCCAGUUUUGGUCCCUGGAUUGUUUCCUCCGUCUGACUUGGACAGUGAAGAAGUGAGUGGACCCAUAACUCAAGUGUCAGUUGAAGUUAUUAAUGAAGGUAAAGCCGAAACAUUCCCAGAGGUAGAUAAGAAGCAAGGAAUCAAAAGAGAAAGGAAUGAUAAAGAGAAAAUAAAAGCGGUUACAUUAUUUGAGAAAUCAGAGCAAGAAGCAGUGAAAGGUGAAGAGAAGAUGAAUUACAAUGCAGCAGAGGAAGAGCAGCAGCAGCAGGGGUUAGAGACAGAGGCGUUGCUUGGAACGCCGCAUGUGCUAUUAGAGAAAGACAUCCAAUGGGGACGCAGAAAGCUUUACAAGCUUCUAAGCAACUUUGGACUUCUCUAAAAAACUCUGCUCAAGUUUUGGAGUGCGUUUACAUUUUAUUGGCAAAAGAGCAUCAAAGAAGAUGAUUCUCUCUUAGUUUCAGACAAGAUCAGUCCAAAAAAGUUAGGCUACCUUCUUCUCUGUUCAACUUUGCAUUUGUUUCUCUGAGAACUGAGAAUAGAUGGAAGCGUGUUCUGUAACUUGUUCUUGUAUAUAUGUAUUAUCAAAACGGUUUUAGAGAAGUUACAGAUAAUAAGAGAAUGGCGUGUUUAUGUUUAA